GACCCUCCGAAUGGAAUGGACAAACAAAAGCAACUGAAGUUCUAAACUCAAAUCGUACCAGUAUCAGUACCAGUACCACACUCAAUCCCAUUUGAUGUGUUAUCAAAAAGUGUUAUGACACUCCCCUCUCCUAUCCCAAGACCACAGCACUACCAGCCGGCAGCUGCAUCAGUCCUUAAUCAAUUUCGGAAGUGGAGAUCCAAAAUUGGUUUGGUUUGGAGCUGUCACUUUACUGCCUCGAUAUUGCUUCUGGUCUGUGGAAGCAGCUACUAUAGCGAAGAUCGCAAAUAUGUUCCUAUCGAUGCAAGCGUCGCCAGCGUUGCGCUCGGAGGCAACACAAAGUGUUUCAAGGCGUAUGCAAAUGUCUUGGCAUCCGGAAUAAAUGACGACGGUGCAAUCAUUUGUUGCACUGCUCAAGAGGAAAGCAACGAUGGAAUUUGCCACCCGACGCCAUGGUAUCUAUUCUUUGCAACUCGUCUAGUCAAGCUCCCCGAAGCAUGGCUGAUACCAGUCUUUCCCUUGGUACUGCGGGGACUUGUACAAUUAAUUACCCGAAGAAGUGGAGCUGGAACGGCUGCUUCCUCCUCUGACGGAGCGGAAACGAAACGCCAAAGACAAAUCAAUAGAUUUGCAAUGCGGAGGUUUUGGCUUUACUUUGGUUUGAUUCAACUACGUGGAUGGGUUCUAUAUCUUCUCUUCGAUACGAUCGAAAACCAUGUUGUCGAACCGGCCGGAGAUUCUUGUUGGUAUGAUAACAUGUCGCGAGGGAAUCAAGGUUCGUGCAGUGGAAAGGCCACGGACUUUUCGGAUCACGUGGUUCUGUUCUUCGCCCAAAUUCUUCCCAUCACACUGACUGAGGUAUUGUUUUCGUUCGUGGCCCCCUUUUGGAGGGGCGACGAAACUUUGAGAAAAAUAGUACCUACACUGCUGGUAGCGGCAUUGUUAUAUUUGUAUGGUAUUUCCUUCCUGAAAAUCUACAAGACAGCCGUCUAUUUUCACACCCAACUUGAGAUCAUUAUUGGAUAUUUGAUCACUCUGAUUGUUCAGAUUCCACUCUUUCUGGUCCUGAACACAUCGCUUCUGCUACCAACUAGGGACUAUUUUUUUGGGCCAGGUAACUAAUAAAUGGCAGUGAACCAUUUUGGAAUGCCCGAGACAAAGCUUACACUAAAAUUUUCUUUUUAGUUGCGUUGAAGUCAAACUAAACUCCUAUUGUAUCAUAAUAAUAGUUUUCCAAAAUUGUACAGGAAUGAUUCCUAACGCCCAAAAAGCAGGCCUUGGCAUCAUUUUCCUCUCGCUAUCCUAUAUAUAGAUUAAACGUAUUGCUAUCGC